UGCGAUUGCGCUCUCGCCGUCUUGAAUUUGUCCCGCGGAUGCAUGCGAGAGAGGUGAAGCGCUCCCGUCUGCAAAGCUCUGCAAAAGUGAGCAGGGCUCGAGGCGACGCACACCGCGGAGAGUCCACAGAAGCGGACGUGGUGAGCGGAACCGAUUUCUGAGGACACGAAAGUGCAAGCUGUAAACAGAAACGGCAGCCCCCCCCCCCCCAAGCAUAAGUUAUUAUUCCCAGUGUUUUUUUUUUAGCACGCACGCCUCCAGAGAGCUAAUCGGAGGGGGGUCGCGUGCGGGGUACGCCGCCUGCUCAUGCUUUGACCAGGACGGCAGUCAGACUCUACCGUGCGCCCCCGGUGAUGGACCGCCGGUGAUCCGGAGAAGAAGACCGAGCCGCUCUGGACGUCAACAAGUCCACCUUUGCAUUGAGAAAAUGUGCUGUUUUCACAUGGAGGAGGGGUGGGCACUGCUGUAACGCCGGCGGAACAUGGCAGGAGUACACGCUUCAGAUGUUGUGUCGGGACAUUUUCUGGAUCCCACCGUCGGCGCCCCGCCGGCCCAGGGCGCGACCAACACUGCGGGAAUCACCGGCGACGCGGCCGCGCUGACUCUGACCGGUACCCGGGCGUACUUGGAGGUGUCGGCCGCUGCCCAGGGCUACGGGGCCGAAGGAGUUUACACCAACGGGCGGUACAGGGAGCAGGGCAGUCCACGGAUCGGGAGUGGCAGCCGUGAUCAUUCCGCCGAGAGAAGUCACCAGGGAGCUGGAAACGCACCGUGUGGCAUCAUGAAGGAUUGUUCCAAACAGAGGCAAGUGAGGAAGAAAACGGUGUCCUUCAGCUCAAUGCCAAGUGACCGCAAAAUCAGCAGCACAGCUGCUUGCAUGGCCUUCAUGAUGGAGGGUUGUGAGAUGAAGAAAGUGCGCUCCAACUCACGCAUGUACAACCGUUACUUUCUGCUUGAUCCAGACAUGCACUGGCUCCGUUGGGAGCCAUCCAAGAAAGAUUCAGAGAAGGCCAAACUGGAGAUCAAGGGUAUUAAGGAGGUCCGAUUGGGAAAGAAAACCCCAGUUCUACGCAGCAAUGGUCUCUCAGAUCAGUUCCCUGAUGAAUGCGCCUUCUCAAUCAUCUAUGGGGAUAACUAUGAGUCCUUAGAUUUGGUAGCCAGUACAGCAGAUGUUGUCAGCACCUGGGUGAUGGGCCUGAGGUAUCUGGUGUCUUAUGGCCGGCACACCGUGGACAUGGUGGAACCCAGCCAACCGAGUCUUCGAACGUCUUGGAUUGGCUCAGUGUUUGAGCUAGCCGAUAUGGAAAAGGAUGGACACAUAGACCUGUUCAGGGCCACCCAGAUAAUCAAGGGGCUCAACCCUGGAAUGAAAGAGUCGAGGAUAGAGCUGAAGUUCAAGGAACUCCAAAAAUCUAAAGACCAAUACGGUGAGGCAAUUAACAUGGACACCUUUGUGGAGGCCUACUGUGAGCUCUGCACACGACCAGAGAUCUUCUUCCUACUGGUACAGUUCUCCAGUAACAAGGAGUAUCUGGACAGUAAAGAUCUGAUGCUCUUUGUAGAUGUGGAGCAAGGUGUGGAAAGUGUAACAGAGGACAUGUGCAGAGACAUUGUUCAGAAAUUUGAGCCCUCCGCUGAAGGUAGGGAGAGGGCCUACCUCACCAUUGAUGGCUUUACACACUACCUCCUCUCGUCCGAAUGCCACAUCUUUGACCCCCAGCACAAACGUGUGUGCCAGGAUAUGGCCCAGCCUCUGUCCCAUUACUACAUCAACGCGUCCCAUAAUGCCUCUCUUCUGGAAGAUCAUUUUUGGGGUUCGUCGGACAUCAGCAGCUACAUCCGAGCUCUAAGAAUGGGCUGUCGCAGCAUUGAGGUCAUUGUAUGGGAUGGCCCUGAUAAUGAACCAGUGGUGUAUGUGGGUAGUUCUGUCGCCUCACAUCUUGCUCUCUCUAAAGUCCUGGAUAUCAUAAACCAGUAUGCUUUUGAGAGCUCGGAGUAUCCCCUGAUUCUCUGCUUAGUGGCCCAUUGCUGCGUUCCCCAGCAAAGGGUCAUGGCACAGCAUAUGAAGAAGAUUCUUGGAGACAAGCUGUUCAUUGAACCCCCCAACAAGGAGGAAAACUACCUACCCUCCCCUGAGAAACUUAAAGGUAAAAUCCUCAUCAAGGGCAAGAGGCUUCCGCCCAACUGUACUGACGCUGAGGGUGAUGUGACAGAUGAGGAGGAGGGUCUGGAAAUGUCUCGAAGAGUGGGAGCUGAUGAGAAGGACCAGCUAAAUGGCUUAGGUUACAGAAGACUCAGAUUGUGCCGGGAGCUCUCUGAUCUUGUAUCUCUCUGCAAGUCAGUCCAGUUUAGGGACUUUGAGAUCUCAAAGAGAGACCAAAAAUACUGGGAGAUUUGCUCCUUCAAUGAGGUAGAUGCAAAUAGGUUUGCCAAUGAGUUCCCAGAGGAAUUUGUCUAUUAUAACAAGCGCUUUCUCUCCAGGGUAUAUCCCACACCUAUGAGAAUUGAUGCCAGCAACAUGAAUCCCCAGGAUUUCUGGAAGUGUGGCUGCCAGAUUGUGGCCAUGAACUACCAGACGCCAGGCCUGAUGAUGGAUCUUAACCUAGGCUGGUUCAGGCAGAAUGGCAACUGUGGGUAUGUUUUGCGUCCAGCCAUCAUGAGGGAGGAGGUGUCCUACUUCAGUGCCAAUGCUCGGGACUCGCUGCCAGGUGUAUCGGCUCAGCUUCUUCACAUCAAGAUCAUCAGUGGGCAGAAUCUGCCAAAGCCUCGCGGCUCUGCAGCUAAGGGUGAUGUGGUGGAGCCCUACAUAUAUGUCGAGAUCCACGGUAUCCCAGCUGACUGUGCUGAGCAAAGAACCAAGACCGUGUCCCAGAAUGGCGACAACCCUAUUUUUGAUGAGAGUUUUGAAUUCCAGAUCAAUUUACCGGAACUUGCAGUACUGCGCUUUGUGGUGCUGGAUGACGAUUACAUUGGAGAUGAGUUCAUUGGCCAGUACACCAUCCCAUUUGAGUGCUUACAGCCAGGCUAUAGACAUGUCCCUCUACAAUCUCUGACAGGAGAGUUCCUACCCAACACCACUCUGUUUGUCCACGUAGCCAUCACCAACAGACGGGGAGGAGGAAAGGCACAUAAGAGGGGUCUUUCUGUCAGGAAGGGUAGGAAGGCCCGGGAGUACACCACCACCAAGACCACGGGGAUCAAAGUAGUCGACGAGCUCUUCAGAGCUUCCACCCAGCCCCUCAGGGAGGCUACUGACCUCAGAGAAAAUGUGCAGAAUGCCAUGGUGUCCUUCAAGGAGCUCUGCGGCCUGACCCCGGCGGCCAACAUGAAGCAGUGUAUCCUGACUGUGUCCACCUGGCUGAUGAACAGCGAGCGGUCACUGAGGGUAACCGUGGACCUGAGCGAGACCUACCCCACCAUGGAGGCUCAGGGUCCUGUGCCUGAGCUGCUGCGCAAAGUGUUCAACGCCUAUGACAUGAUGAUCCAAACCAGCAGAACACUGAUCGAGUCGGCCGACGUCGUCUACUCCAAGCUCACACAAGCACAACGGGCAGGUCUGGACUUCCAUGAGGACCUGCAUCGCAUUGGAGCAAAGGAAGGUCUGAAAGGCCGCAAACUUCAGAAGGCCAUGGAGAGCUACGCGUGGAACAUCACUGUCCUCAAGGGCCAGGCAGACCUACUGAAGCACGCUAAGAGCGAGGCGCUGGACACUCUGCGUCAGAUCCACUGUGCAGCUCAGUCCUGUGGGCUCAGUAAGAACGGAGCCGCUUCCCCACAGCUCCAGCACCAUCCUCAUCACCCGCCGCAGCAGGUCCAGAUACAGCAGCAGCCUCAGGCCAAGACCCACCCACAGCCUCCUCCACUGCACCAGUCCCAAACCCAGACAGCACCUCAGGCUUAUCUCCAUCCGCUUCCCCAGCAACAUCCCCAGCCACCAGCUCUCCCUCUGGUUCAAACUGUUUCAAAACCACCGGCCUAUACUCAACCCCCAGCCCUAACCCAGCUCCAGUUACAGUUCCAGAGCCAGCAGCAGAGGGCGGCAGGACCUCUGGACGCCAUCCCCGAGAAAGGGAUGGUCAGUGACGAUCCUGCCGGAUCCUGCUGACCCGCAGCCUGUGCCCACAGAGAAUCCUACUCAAAGAGAGACGGAGAGAGCGAGCUAGAGAUGGAGAAGCAGAAGGCCAGUAACGCAAGGGACCUGGAGGAAUUGGCCGAGAGGAUUAAAGAGAUGAUGAUGGUGAGGAAGACCCGUCGUGUUAGAAGUGAGACACGAGUCUGAGACGAGGUUUGAGUUGGCCAGAGGAGAAAAGAGAGAGAGAGACCUCACACUUCAAUCACACAUUUCUUAACGGGAUGGAAAACUGGAACGGCAAUGUUUACUUUUCUCCGUCGUGCAUUAUGAAGAUAAUCUUCCAUCUGAGCCAGGAAGUUUAGGUCUCUUCUGUCUUCUCUCUUGUGAAAAGCCAAAAGGGUAACAGCUGGUAACAGACUUCUUUGCGUGUGUCUCGGCAUAGGAAAGCAUUAAGCAGUCGGAUCGGUUAGAUAUCCCUGUCUCUCUCUGGGAAGUGCUAGUUACAUGCCCCUCCAUUAUGUACUCUAGCUCUGUGGGUACAGGCUUUACCUCACGUUUGGCAUUUUUCUGCCACAAAUUUGCCUUUUUAUUUCCAGAGAAUCCUCGGCAUGUCUUUGGCCUUUUAUUUUUUUCAUGCUCGCACUCCUCCAUCGCAGACGUAAAGCUAAGCGCAGACCCUCACCCCUUUUCGACGAAGAGGAUGCCAUUUUUUCAUUUUGAGUGCACAAACGUAGAGCAGCUCGAGUAGGCUGAGCUCUGUAGGCGUUGCAAAGAUGUCUAAUUCAGCACAAACCAGGAAGCUUUAGAGCCAAAAUAGAAAAACAAACUGCAGCUGUUGAUGUGUUCUGUCACAUCGACGCUCUUCUUGCCACGCUUGCUGUUGCCGACCUCCAUCGAGCCCCACACACCUCUCCAGAGUCAUUCCACAUGAUUUACGUUCUUCAGCAUUCAUGGACUCUCCCCACAAGGUCUCCUUGACUCCCCCCAGGGGCUGUGUGCGUGUGUGUGUGUGUGUGUGUGUGUGUGUGUGUGUGUGUGUGUGUGUGUGUGUGUGUGUGUGUUUUGGUCCCCAGGGUGGAGCUGGCCCAUGUCAGUUAGUGGCAGAGCUCACCAGACCUCUGACCAACCAGUCAGAGGUCAACAGGAACAUAGUACUGCUGUCAAUAAAAACACAAAUUAAAGUGAAUAUAGAUGUAAAGUGGAUGUGAAAUGUACGAAGGGAACAUAUAUUGAUAUAAUAAUUCUUCAGACACAGAUUAACGAUUGAUAUUAUUGUAAUUGUUGUUAGUUCUAUUGAUAUUCAGAUUCUUUUUUUUUAGCAUUACUUCCACAUGUACAGUGAUUUGACACCUGUUGAACUGUGGUGCAGAUCAGGACGACCAGUGCAUGUGGGACUGCAACGAGGGAUCACUGGUAAGCGCCACAACACAGGGGGUCCAAACAAUAACCCAACGUGUGUUUCACUGCAAAGUGAGUGUGGAUUCUGUAAGAGCUCCUUUAAGUGGCCCAUUAAAACUGGCUUCAUUGUU